GACGCCUUCUUUCGUGACGCACAUCAGUUCCAACACAUCGAAGCUAGGCUAACGUGGCUUCGCAGAUUGUUUUGGUUAUGACACUUGUAAACUAGACCUGGCCCCUAAAGGGGACCGCGUUUCUGUUUUCUCUUAUCUUUCUGGGAUGUAUGGAUGGAUAGUCGAUGGAAUAUCCUCUCUUUUUGAACCCGUUUCGGACCAAAAUCAUACUGAGUGGCCUGGCAAUAGUGCGCAGGUACCCGGGCGAAGUGCUGUGACUCCGGGUACCCGACCAGAGAGCCACGCCAGACCGGCUAAACGCAAUUAUCAAAGUGUUCAUGUCUCCAAUGGCGCAUCCCAGGGCGAACAACGAGAGGCAAAGCGUCGCAAGUUAGAUGUUGUGUUAAGCUUUGUCAAAAAGGCUGUUGCGGGAGUAGCUGGCCUGUUGAGAAGGAAUCCACAGAACAAAAACUGCGAAAGGUAUAGACGAUAUGAAGAAUCCAAGAUCCAACCGGUAACACUAAUGGGUAUAGAUGAGCUCCAAACUUCAUGGCUGACUGGCACUAAAUGGAGGAUGGGCAAUAACGGUUUUGGAUCGCGGUCUGCAGAUAAUUCAGCUGGAGGAAUAAACGACAGGGACGGGGCCGGGAGGAACUCCUUCCCUAGACCUUCGCCUCUCUCCGUCAGGAAAUACAGUGGAGCAGUGCUGUCGGGAGGGAUUCUCGAUGGGGGAAAAGACAGAGGGACGUCGCUGCCCUCUAGGUCUGCCCUGGGUGUCGGCCUCGGAGCGGCUUCUGCCAACGCAGAGCUCUCGCACCUCUGCUUUGGACAGAGCCGCUGCUACACUCCCGGUGUCACCGUGCAAGAGGCCAUGAAGCAGAACGAUAAGGAACAUUACAGGCGUCUGUUGGAGAUGUUGGGGACAGAGAAGUGCAGCAAAAGUCAACCGCUGACUUGCAGCAGAACGACGCCCCAAGCCGUGUCAUCUCCCCAGGGCGGGUGCAGACAAAGCCGUUUUGCAAGAGCCUUUGACUCUAUGCCCAGAAAGACCGGAUCCGUUCCAGCAACCCCAAGUGCGUACUCAUGGAGAGAUUCAUCUGCAACUAAUGAUGUUAAAGAGAGGAGGACGGACAUUCUAUUCACUAAGACACUGACUGGAACGUUCCAGGAGAAACGGGGCAGUUGGGCAAAGUCCAACCAGAAGCAUCCAUCGGACACGGACCUGUCCACCGAGGUGGCUACGCGGCUCCACUUGGUGGACCCGGCGCUGACCCAGCAGAGCGACCAGCCCCCGACACGCACUAACCUCACGCGGCACGCGGACGAGGACCUGCCCCGACUCACUAGGGACAUGGCAGAGGAAGUGAGUGCAGCCCUGAACCAAGCUGACCCUUCCCUGGUACUGAGUGCGGCCUUCAAACUGCGCAUCACGCAGAGGGACCUGGCCACUCUGCGGGAGGGCAACUGGCUCAACGACGAGGUGAUCAACUUCUACCUCUCCCUGGUCAUGGAGCGCUCGUCCAGCCAGGCUGCCCCAGGGCCACGGGUCUACUGCUUCAGCACCUUCUUCCUCCCCAAGCUGCGUGGGGGGGAGGGCGGGCAGGCUGGAGGCCACUGGGCCGUGAGGCGCUGGACCAAGGCCGUGGAUCUCUUUCUCCAUGACCUCAUCCUGGUGCCCCUGCACCUCGACGUCCACUGGGCCAUGGCCGUGAUCGAUCUCAGAAGCCAAUCAGUGAAGUCGUAUGACUCGAUGGGUCAGCGGCAUGAUGACAUCUGCAGUCUUUUACUAAUCUUCUUGAGGGAGGAGCACAAAGUCAAGAAAGGAAAGGACUUGGACACUUCAAGGUGGACCGUUGGCAGUAUACGGGCCUGCGAGAUUCCCCAGCAAAAGAACGGCAGUGACUGCGGUAUUUUUGCAUGUAAAUAUGCAGACUACAUCUCUAAAGGAAGGCCCCUGGACUUUAAACAGUGCCACAUGACCCUGUUCCGGAAGAUCAUGGUGUGGGAAAUUCUCAAUAAAAAGCUACUCUAGAAUUCUGCAACCCACACUCUUCUAUCAAGUAGCUGCUAAGAACAAGGAUAUUCCCCAUUGUGGAAGCCCAGCUUUGUGCAUACUAAUUUAAGGACUGACGAUGAUUUAUGCCCUAACCGGCCAUUCAUAUUUUGCUGUCUGUGGCUCCCUGGUCUUAACCGAUUUAACAAUUUCAAUUUGGCUUAUCUCUGAGUUGUAAUUAGGGAAGUUAUUGAAAUGUGAGAAAAGAAUAUUACCAAUGUUACUAAUUGGCACUACUGAUUAAGAUUUUUUUAUUUUUCAUCUUUGGAUUCUUUUUCUGCUUGAAUACUGCCUAAAGUGCCUUGAUUGUAUUAUUUUUUAGCAGACAUUAAAGGUGUUAUAUAUUUUGUGUAUCUUUUUCAAUCGGCUCCAAUGAAGAAUUUAGUUUUGUUCAUACAGUUGUUCCCUUGGUCAAGAGAUUCCAACUGUCCGUACUGGUAUUCAAAUAAUAGAGAUGCAAAUUAGUCACAUGUAUACAGCAACUGUAUUUGUUGCAGUAUCAGUCCCAGCUCAUUUGACUUUACUACCGUAAAUAAAUUAAGCGUAUAAAUCUGGCCAAGAUUUUACAAAAUUCUGUAAAUUAAAGUAAAAGCAUGUAUAAUUUCAUCAGUUGCCUAUGUGUGAAUGUGUGUAUUGGUUAGUGUGCAAGCAUGGUAGUUCCUUCUUACUAAUCUAAAUCUGUGGUCCAUACAUUUCUGCAUUUCUUUCAUGCAAAGCUGCUUAGGUAUACUACUGUAUACAUCUGCAAGUUCAGAUUUCUGCGAAGAAACAGACCUUUCCGGUAAUAAAGCAUUUAUUUUGUUA